AUGAUGUCAUCAAUGGCACUUCACUCAUCUCUCUCAACUGCUUCCCUCUGCUCUUCCUUCAUCACUCAACAUCCAAAACUCUCCAUCACUUCUUCUCCAUCGUUCCUUAACCAAACCACCAAACCCAUCUCUCUAAACCGGAAAAUCGUCGCUCUUGCAGCUCCAGAGACACUCACUACCGAACCAGUCACCGGAAUUGAUGUUUCCGACACACCACAACCAACAAAGGUGGUGAAGCAGCAAGAAGAGAAGGCAAGAGUGGUUCUCAAGUUUGUGUGGAUGGAGAAGAAUAUAGGAUUAGGAUUGGACCAGCAUGUCCCUGGACAUGGAACAAUCCCACUCAGUCCUUACUUCUUCUGGCCAAGGAAAGAUGCUUGGGAAGAGCUCAAGUCUACUCUGGAAGCUAAACCAUGGAUCUCUCAGAAGAAGAUGAUCAUUCUCCUUAAUCAAGCCACUGACAUUAUCAAUCUCUGGCAACAAAGUGGCGGCAAUUUAACUUCUCAAUAA